GAGCAGGCUCGGGGAACUCCAGGACAGAGACGGAGUUGGGGCGGGGGCUGCCUGGGGUGCAAAGUGGGGAGAGGUUGCGGGCGAAGGAAGGAGCUAGCAGAGAAGCCAACGCAGCAGCAAGUCUGCUGGAUCGUGGGGGAUUCAUUCAGGAUGCUGGUCCCCGCCCUCGUCGUACUCUUCUGCCUCAGAGGGUGUACAGGGUCACCCCGAUUCCUGCAACAGCCAGAGGACUUGGUGGUACUGUUGGGGGACGAGGCCCGGCUGCCCUGCGCCCUGGGCUCAUACUGGGGACUGGUUCAGUGGACUAAGGAUGGUCUGGCCUUAGGGGGCGAAAGGGACCUGCCAGGGUGGCCCCGGUACUGGAUAUCAGGAAAUGCAGCCAGUGGCCAGCAUGACCUCCACAUCAGGCCCGUGCAGCUAGAGGACCAAGCAUCAUAUGAAUGUCAGGCUUCACAAGCAGGCCUCCGAUCAAGACCAGCCCAACUGCACGUGCUGGUGCCCCCAGAGCCUCCCCACGUGUUGGGCGGCCCCUCAGUGUCCCUUGUUGCUGGGGUUCCUGCAAAUCUGACCUGUCGGAGCCGUGGGGAUGCCCGUCCUACCCCUGAAUUGCUGUGGUUGAGAGAUGGGGUCCGUUUGGAUGGGGCCACCUUCCAUCAGACCUUGCAGGACGGGAUCACUAGGAUACUGGAGAGCAUCUUAUCCUUGACCCCUUCCAGCCACGAUGAUGGAGCCACGUUGAUCUGCCGAGCCUGGAGCCAGGCCCUGCCCUCAGGGAAGGACACAGCUGUCACACUGAGUCUGCAGUAUCCCCCAGAGGUGACUCUGUCUGCAGAACCUCAGAAUGUACAGGAGGGAGAAAAGGUCACCUUCCGAUGUCAGGCCGCGGCCCAGCCUCCUGUCACAGGCUACCGGUGGGCAAAGGGGGGCUCCCCAGUGCUCGGGGCCCGCGGGUCAACAUUAGAGGUCGUGGCGGACGCCUCUUUCCUGACAGAGCCUGUGUCCUGUGAGGUCAGCAACGCGGUGGGCAGCGCCAACCGCAGCACAGCGCUGAAUGUGCAGUUCGGGCCGAUUCUGCAGGCAAAGCCGGAGUCCUUGUCCGUGGACGUGGGGGAAGAUGCCUCUUUCACUUGUGCCUGGCGCGGGAACCCUCGCCCCCGGGUCACCUGGACCCGCCGUGGGGGCUCGCAGGUGUUGGCCUCCGGGCCCACGCUUCGUGUGCCGUCGGUGGGGCCCGAGGACGCAGGCGAUUACAUGUGCAGGGCUGAGCCGGGGCUCUCAGGCCGGGGGGGCGGCACCGCCAAGGCCAGAUUGACAGUGAAUGCUCCCCCUCGAGUGACAGCCCUGCACUCAGCGCCUGCCUUUCUGAGGGGCCCUGCCCGCCUCCAGUGUCUAGUCUUUGCCUCCCCCAUCCCAGAAGCUGUGGUCUGGUCUUGGGAUGAGGGUGUCUUGGCAGCAGGGUCGAGGGGCCGGUUCCUGGUAGAGACGUUUCCAGCCCCGGCGGGUAGCGAGGGCCAGGGGCCAGGACUGAUCUCUGUGCUGCACAUCUCGGGAACCCAGGAGUUGGACUUUCGUAGGGGCUUCAACUGCAGUGCCCGCAACCGGCUGGGAGAGGGAGGCACCCAGGUCAGCCUGAGCCGCAGAGCAGACCUGCUGCCCACUGUGCGCUUUGUGGCAGGAGUGGUGGCUGCUGCCAUGACCCUCCUUAUGGUUGUCACUGGAAUGGCCCUCUGUUGCUGGCACCAUAGCAAAGCCUCUUUCUCCAAGCAAAAGAACCUGGUUCGAAUCCCAGGUAGCAGUGAUGGCUCCAGUUCGAGGGGCCCUGAAGAGGAGGAGACAGCAAGUGGCGAGGAUCAGGGCCCCAUUGUGAGCACAGACCACAGUGACCUGGUUCUGGAUGAAGAAGGGGUUCUAGAGGUCAAGGACCCAACUAAUGGUUACUACAAGGUCCGAGGAGUCAGUGUGAGCCUGAGCCUUGGGGAAGCCCCUGGAGGAGGCUUCUUCCUGCCACCUCCCUCCCCCAUGAGACCUCCAGGGACUCCUACCUUCUACGAUUUCAACCCACACCUGGCUAUGGUCCCUCCCUGCAGACUCUAUAGAGCCCGUGCAGGUUAUCUUACUACGCCUCACCCUAGGGCUUUUGCCAACUACAUCAAACCCACAUCUUUUGGAACUCCUGAUCUGACUCCUGGGACUCCUCCCUUCCCAUAUGCUGCCUUUCCCAUACCCAGCCACCCCCGCCACCAGACUCAUGUGUGACAGUCUCUCCAACUCAAGAGUCCUGAGAUCUUCAA